AUGAGACAGCGCACCCCAUCCUCCAACGACGGCUACUCGUCGUCCUCCUCCACCUCGCCUGCUCGUCAGCGCGCAUACACCCCUCGUUCGCCGCCCCGCUCUCGCACCCGCCCAUCACCUGACGAGCCCACCCUCACCGGUAGCAUCGGCAAGCUGGUCCGGCUAGCGAUCUUUGCCGUUCUCCUAGCGCUCAUCGUACCCUUCGUUCGCACACGGCUGUUCGGUAGCUCACCGAACCCGGCCAAGAACGCGACGGUCGACGUGAGUGUUCGUCCGACCGCCUUUCCGUCUCAAGAAGUGUUCACCUCAGGGGACGAAGAGGUGGACGUGUUCAACUUUAAGCAUGAGGAUUAUCUAGCGCCGGCACGUGCGGCGAAGAAGGCUGGUGGGGUCUCCUCAAAGCCAUCCUCUUCAGUCCCUCCGAAGACCAAGACCAAGAAGCAGGAGUCGAAAGGCAAAGUUUCAAAGGCACCCAAGAAACAACCGCGUGUUCAGCACGAUGACGACGAGGAGGACGACGAACGCGACUCGCCCGCCAGCUCAGCACUGUCCACCCUCACCCACCUCUUCUUCACCCUCUACCAUCUCACCCGUGCCACCCUCUAUCUGACCAUCAUACCGUUCAGUCACAUCUUCCGCCUCGGUGCACGCCUCACCUCGACCAGCUAUCACUACUUUCGUCUCUCGCUCUCACACACCCUUCUUCCCGUCUUCCACCUCCUCGCUCCCCUGACCUACCUCGUCAGCGGAAUCUUUUUCGUUUUUGUCCAAACGCCGUUCAAUCUGGUCAGCGCGAUCGUGACGGAGCUGUAUCCGGUGUACAUCUUCCUAGGCGCAGCGACGGUGGUCGGAUUAAGUAUGGGCGUGGUUGCCGCCGGCGUGCUGUAUUUGUCCGCCUUCAUGUUUGUUGAUCGCGUUCAGAAGGUCGAUGAUGUGGGAGGAGGGACGAGGUUCGAGAGGAUCAAAGCACCGGGCGGACACGGAAAGGGAAAGGGUCGGAUGGUCGAGGAGGACGAUGAUGAGGAUGUGUUUGGUGGCAUCAGGACCAAUAGCUCGAAUGGAUCGACGCCAACAUAUGGGAGGGGUGGGAAGGGCACCAGCGCCUACGAUCAGUAUUUGUAUCAGAACCAACCGCAGAGGAGGGAGUACUUCAAUCAGCCUCACUCGAGUCAGGGCGGCCAGGGCGCAUACGCCUCGCCAAUGCUUUCUCCCACCGCGCCCUUCCGGAACUCCAACGUCAGACGGCACGGAGGAAGGAAUGACCACGCAUACAGAGCCACUUCUGCCUCGACGCUUCGCGCUGGCGGUUGA